GUAAAGAUUUUUACAUCAAAUUAAAAUAGUUAAAUUGUUUAAAUAUGUUAAGCUAAAAUAAAUUUCGAAAAACAAUCUGGGCAGAAAAUAAUAUGGAUUAAUACUUACCGAGGCAGGAACACGGGGGCGUAAUAAUUGUUCUUACGGGAGUACAGAGCGCAAAAUAAUCAUCUAAUUCCUCCUUCGGAACAGUAAAAUAUUGGCAAUUUGUAAAUCUUAUACAGCAGUUUACGACCGCAAAAUAGCCAGUAAACACAGGAUAAAUGUAAUAUACAUCCAUCAUCCGAACUAUGAACACUUCCAAAUCAAUUUUCCAUGACAGUGCAAUGAUGAGGGCAAAAGCAGCAUCUAUGGAAACGUUGGAAACGGAUUGCGGGCUAAAUUAAAUGGCUUCUCUGAAGACAGGCGUUCCCCUAAAAAACCUACCAAACAGAAUGUUAAAGAUGGCAAUUAUGAGCACUGCCGUGCCAGCAUCUCUGAAAAGGCAUGCCAUCAUAUAGGUAAAGGGCAGACCCGCCACUCCGAUGAUCAUGAGUAUCAACAGCAUCUGCCCGGGAUGGCACAUCGCAUGCACCGCCAGCAACAGUGGCAGCGCAAACACAAAGUAGAGGGCCAAGUCUGUGAUGUAGUGGGACAGCCAGUAGGUGGCCAUGUUCACGCCGGACACCUGUUGCUGCAUCCUAAUCUGCGUUACCUUCUCCUGCGCCACCAUGAUGGCGAAUACCGCCAGGACAAUGGACAGAUAUAGCGGGGCAUUGGUUACCUCUAUGCUCGCCUCGGGACCCAGCAUCGCUUUGGCCAUGGCGUUGAAUGCUAGAUUGAGCGAAAGUGGAGCACUAUGUAGGAAGAGACGAUGCAUACACCAGGCGAUUGUCUCCUGGUCGACUGUGACUGCUGCUAUAAGAUUGCGCUUCAUUUCGUACAUCCUUUCGGGCGUUUCUUGUCCCGGGCCGACGUAGUCUUUUAUAUUUUUUUGGCAUAUUCUUUCGACGGUGCAGUGUGGCUGGGCCAACU